AUGAACCCAGAACGGCCUCCAGGACUAGAAAAAGAACAAUUCGAAAGUUUAUCGGCUGACACGAGCGAAAGCCUAUACAAAAUGAUAUGUGUGAGUAGCCGUCGAAAACCAGUGCGGCUGAUCUCUGCUCAACUAUCGGCGGCGCAACCUAAAGCUCGAACCGGAUCAUCACCAGUCACCACAAAGGCUGUUGUACACCGAGCCAUCCUUGCCCCACGCAGCCGCAAUGACGUCGCGAUGUUGAAACAACAGGGUCACAUAGAACCGGUCAAUGCUCGCGCUAUUCACAAGUCAUCAGAAGGCGUGCAACGACGCCGCCACGGGCGGGCGUGGGGC